GGCUGCGGGAGCGCGCCGCGGGGGCAGCCGCCGAACCCCGGGGCGCUGCGGCCGCAAAGGGCAGUGAUGGAGCAGCCACCGGAGGCAGGGAAGGACAGCAAGCCCUCCUCCCUGUCGGUGGACCUGCAGGCAGACAGCUCCUUACAGGUGGAGAUCUCUGAUGCUGUGAGCGAGCGGGAUAAGGUGAAGUUCACUGUGCAAACCAAGAGCUGCCUGCCCCACUUCGCCCAGACCGAGUUCUCAGUGGUGCGGCAGCAUGAGGAGUUCAUCUGGCUGCACGACGCCUAUGUGGAGAACGAGGACUACGCGGGCCUCAUCAUCCCCCCAGCACCUCCCAGGCCGGACUUUGAGGCUUCAAGAGAAAAGCUGCAGAAGCUGGGCGAGGGGGACAGCUCCAUCACACGGGAAGAGUUUGCCAAAAUGAAGCAGGAGCUGGAAGCGGAGUACCUCGCCAUCUUCAAGAAGACAGUCGCCAUGCACGAGGUCUUCCUGCAACGCCUGGCAGCCCACCCCACCUUGCAUCGGGACCACAACUUCUUUGUCUUUUUGGAAUAUGGCCAAGAUCUGAGCGUACGAGGAAAGAACAGGAAGGAGCUCCUUGGGGGGUUUCUGAGGAACAUUGUGAAGUCUGCAGAUGAAGCGCUCAUCACUGGCAUGUCAGGGCUCAAGGAGGUGGAUGACUUCUUUGAGCACGAGCGGACCUUUCUGCUGGAGUACCACACCCGCAUCCGGGACGCCUGCCUGCGGGCCGACCGUGUCAUGCACUCCCACAAGUGCCUGGCAGAUGACUAUAUCCCUAUCUCAGCUGCACUGAGCAGCCUGGGAACACAGGAAGUCAACCAGCUCAAGAUGAGCUUCCUCAAAUUGGCGGAGCUCUUUGAACGGUUAAGGAAGCUGGAGGGUCGAGUGGCCUCUGAUGAGGACCUGAAGCUGUCAGACAUGCUGAGAUACUACAUGCGCGACUCACAGGCAGCCAAGGACUUGCUUUACCGGAGGCUUCGGGCGCUGGCCGACUAUGAGAACGCCAACAAGGCCUUGGACAAGGCUCGAGCCAGGAACCGGGAGGUACGCACUGCCGAGAGCCAGCAGCAGCUGUGCUGUCAGCGCUUCGAACGCCUCUCCGACUCAGCCAAACAGGAGCUCAUGGACUUCAAGUCCCGCCGCGUCUCCUCUUUCCGCAAGAACCUCAUUGAGUUGGCAGAGCUGGAGCUCAAACACGCCAAGGCCAGCACCCUGCUUCUCCGGAACACUCUCAUCGCCCUCAAGGGGGAGCCUUAGAGCAGCGAAGACCUUUAGUAACCAGGGUUUCCCAGAUCUCCCACCCCAAGAUACCUUCCCCACCACUAGACAUGCCCAAUGACUUCCAAAUGGCAAGCCCCGCCCCCAAAGGUGCCAGGCCCUGCCAGAAGACAGGGCAGCAUGGGCACCAUACUUGGCCACAGGUAAGCAGAGCCACAACCUGGGGCAAGCCCAGGGACCCUGCCCUUCCUCCCCGGUGCGCUGAGGGACAGCCUCUACUCACUUCCUGGCACCAGACUUCAUUGGUCCCUGGCCUGUUCUUCAAAAAUAAAGAGCUUGGUUUUAUAGCCAGAAGGCCUACCUGUCCUCCCUUG